GAAAGAACUAACCGCACGUCCGUACGUACGGCAUUCUACGCGCAGUUCUCGGCAGGCUUCCGCGUGUCGGUUGUGCUGCAUCGGUGCACCGAAUUUACCUGAUACACGGCGUGCCGAUUACGUGCGACGCAGUAAGUCCAACGAGUGAUAAUCGCUCACGUGCACGCUGCUGGUGCCAAGAUUGACGAGUUCGAGUUCGUAAAAUAUGGCAGCUAAAAUGCAGCAUCCGUUUGAGCCACCAAGCUCGGCGAGUUCCGAAUGCGACGAUGGCGACGUGUGCUCGGACGACCGCGAGAUGUUCCUCGUCGACGAGCUGUGUGACGAUGCCGAGCACUGCAGGCACUGCGACACACCAACACCGCAAUCACCAAGGCCACCGUCCACAGGCUCGCAAAAGUCUCCAAGGUCACGCAGACAACGUACCACCAGUAUGUCACAGUCGAGCAAGAAAACAUCUGCAGAAUCGAUCCUCAGGAGCAAAACGCGGACUAUUUAUACGGCUGGUAGGCCGCCCUGGUACAAUUCAGCGGGUCAACAAGUGGAACCCUUCGUAAUCGGUAUUUGUGGUGGCAGCGCAUCCGGGAAGACGACGGUAGCAACGAAAAUCAUAGAAUCUCUGGACGUGCCAUGGGUGACUCUCCUCAGCAUGGACUCUUUUUAUAAAGUGCUAAACGAGAAGCAGCACGAGAUGGCUGCUCGAAACGAAUACAACUUUGACCACCCUGACGCGUUCGAUUUCGAACUUUUAAAGACCACGCUGCAGCGUCUGAAGGAAGGACGGAUGGUGGAAGUUCCUAUUUAUAAUUUCGUGACUCAUCGCAGGGAAAGCAGAACGAAAACCAUGUACGGUGCCAACGUCAUCAUCUUCGAGGGAAUACUUACCUUCUACAAUGUCGACGUGUCGAAAAUGUGCGACAUGAAGAUUUUUGUCGAUACCGACGCUGACGUCAGGCUCGCCAGGCGCCUGCGGAGGGACAUCUCGCAAAGAGGCAGAGAUCUGGAGGGUGUGUUGAAGCAGUACAGUCAACACGUGCAACCGGCCUUUUAUUAUUACAUCGCGCCUCUCAUGGUGCACGCGGACAUCAUCGUGCCGCGCGGGGGAGACAACGAAGUGGCGAUCGAGCUCAUUGUUCAGCACGUCCAUACUCAGCUUCAGUUGAGAGGCUUCAAACUGAGGGAAAAGCUGGCGCACUCGUACAUUGGCCAACCGUUGCCUUCGUCAUUGUAUCUACUCCCGGACACGCCGCAAAUAAAGGGUCUGCACACGUUUAUACGAAACAAGGAGACCUACAGAGAUGAAUUUAUUUUUUACUCGAAACGAUUGAUCCGUUUGGUCAUCGAAUAUGCGUUGUCUCUGUUGCCGUUUGAGGAUGUGACGGUCGAGACGCCGCAGGGAGUGUUGUACGGUGGCAAACGGGGCGCCACGGACAAGAUAUGCGGAGUAUCGAUACUGCGAGCCGGCGAGACCAUGGAGCAGGCCGUUAGAGACGUGUGCAAGGACAUUCGCAUAGGGAAAAUUCUCAUCCAGACUAAUCAGCAGACCGGCGAACCCGAAUUGUAUUAUCUCCGGCUGCCAAAGGACAUAAAGGACUACAGAGUGAUACUGAUGGACGCGACCGUCGCGACCGGCGCCGCCGCGAUCAUGGCGAUCCGGGUGCUGCUGGAUCACGACGUCGCCGAGGAGAAUGUGCUGCUGGCGUCGCUGCUGAUGGCGGAAUCCGGCGUGCACUCGAUCGCGUACGCGUUCCCGCGGGUGAAAAUCGUCACCUCGGCGCUGGAUCCCGAAAUAAACGAGAAGUUCUACGUCUUGCCCGGCAUCGGCAAUUUUGGCGACAGGUACUUCGGCACCGAGCCAUCCGACGAUUGAGGCAAGACUCGUAGAUCUCUAACUGAAGAUGUAUAUCCGCUACGUCGUCGCGUGAAUUGUGAUACAAACAAAGAGAAGGAGGAGAGAAGGAGGUACGAUAAUCGAUAAUUUAUCAUGUCUUUAAUAAAAAGCGUGUUACAU